AUGGCUGGCUCCGCGUGGACACAUGCCGUCCGCUUCAUCGCCCAAGAGGAUGGCCAACCGCACCUUGGACAAGUCGACGCGGCAAAGUGGCCAGAUGUCGGUUUGGCAGUCGAGAAAGGCGACAAAGUGGAUGUCAAGGUCGUGACCGGUACCGUCUUCGAUGGCCAGGUUACAAGCCAUGUCUUGCACAUUGCGCAGCUUCUGUCUCCACUGCGCAUGGAAGAGGUCCCUCUCAUCCGCGGCAUAGGGCUCAACUACUUCGAACACGCACAGGAGGCCAACUUGGCCAUCCCUGACGAGCCAAUGCUUUUCAUCAAGGCGCGAACGGCGCUGAUUGGACCUUCCCCCUCUGAUACCAUCAUCAUUCCCCGAUUUGUCCAAGACGAGACCAGUGACUACGAAGCCGAACUCGGCGUUGUACUCGGCAAGCCAGGGCGGAACAUUCCCGAGGUGGAAGCCAUGGACUAUGUCCUUGGUUAUACCUGUAGUAACGAUGUGAGCGCUCGUAAACAGCAGUUCAAGAAUAACCAAGUCUCCUUUUCCAAGGGGCUGGACACCUCUGCCCCCAUAGGGCCAGUACUCGUUUCUAAAGAGGCCAUCAAAGAUCCCCACAGACUCCGCGUCAAGGCCAUCUACAACGGCAACGUCGUUCAAGACUUCAACACCAGCGACAUGAUAUUCAACAUUCCCAAAUUAAUCUCAUACUUGUCUCAGGGCACAACUCUAGAGAAGGGUACAAUAAUAAUGUCUGGGACGGGACCUGGUGUCGGUAUCCUGCGUAAGCCAAAGAUUUUCCUGGGACCAGGCGACGACAUCAGGGUGGAAAUUGCCAAUAUUGGGACUCUGAUUAGCAAAGUACGCUAUGAGUAGAUAUAUGCUCAUCCGCAUCAGGAGC